AUGGUCCAGUGGACCUUCAGCGCCCCCGAGGGCUAUUUCGAUGACUGUGCCGCACUUGCCGCCCAGUUACCCAACAGCAGGCUCACCACACGUCCGCUGUUUGCCCUCACGCCGCGUGACUACCCAUCCGAUGCAGCAGCAACAGCCACCAAGGACAACCGGCCGUGGGCGCGCUUCACCGCCCACGUCGCGGCCCUCAACCGCGAAGCCCCCGCCAACGUCUCGUACAAGAUCAUGUUUCUGACCCGGCACGGCCAGGGCUACCACAAUCUCAUGAAGACGCUCUCCGAGGAUGAGCAAGGAGAAGAGAAUCACGACGCCCAGCUCCCGGAUGAAGCAGCGUGUUUCGACGCCUUCCUCACGCCUGUCGGCGUCGCCCAGGCCACGGCCCUGUCCGGGCUCUGGCUCGCCUCCAUCGCCGCCGACGGGCUGCCCGUCCCGCAGACGCUCUACACGAGCCCCCUCGCGCGCUGUCUGCAGACCGGUCAGCUCUAUCUCCAGCCCAUCAUGGACGCUCACAACCUGCCGUACGGCCCGCUGGUCAAGGAGGGGCUGCGCGAGCGCCGGACCAUGCACUCAUGCGACAGGCGUCGCCCGCGGGCGUGGAUCGCGGAGAAUUGGCCCGCGUGUGUGAUUGAGGAGGGUUUUUCGGAAGAGGACGUCAUGGGGGCGCUGCCGCGCCCGGAGACGGAGGAGGAGAAUCGCGUUCGCGUCUUGGAGGCGCUCGCUGAUGUGUUUGAAGCGGAUGCGAGCGAGGUCGUGGCGUGGACGUUUCACUCGCUGUCGAUGCGGGCCCUGCUCGGUGGACUGGGCAUGGUCCCGUUCAAGCUGCAGCCUGCAACGACCAUUGCCGUCCUGGUGCGGGGAGAAAAGGGGGAAUAA